GCGCACUUUUGAGAUCGCGAGUCUCUCAUCUUUAUGGACCAGCUCUCUCUUCUCGACUGUGUUCCAUCAGCACACCCAUACCUCUCAAGACUACGCUGCUGUCGUCCUGCAAACGAUCUUGCUUCCAACGCAAAGCCUCGCAUACAUGGCGGAACCGCAAGCACCUCGAAGGUUUUGGGCACCCCCGCGUGCAAGGGAACAAUCGUUGGAUGACUUUUUGAAAGAGAACAAGCCUUCUUCCGUCAAGAGAUCGUACGACGGUUGGAUAUGGGUGGUGGGUCCGCGCAGAUUACUGACUCAAGAAGCGGCGCCCAUCAGUGAAGAGGUGCUGCUCAAAGCAAGGAGUAUGGUCAAAAGUCUCGAAGAUGAGAUUCGGAGCAUAGACGAUGAUCCGAAUAUCCCUCUAAGAGGGCGCAAGGGUGUUCUGAGUAAGAAGCAAAGAAGGGACAAGGCGCAAGCCGAUGCUGAUCUAAAGUACAAGCUAGCCGAGUUGGCUGUGAGUUCUGGAUUCAGCGUCGGCAAGUGGCUUUUCUUCCGGCGCGGCACGAGCAUCGAUCUCUUGUUCGCAACGCUCGCCAAGUCGAUCAGCGAUGGACCCCUUUCGAGAUUGAAGGCCGCUGUUACGACCGUGAAGGCCGCCGUGCUACCGCAGCAGGAGAGUGAGGAGCAGGUCGUUUGCUUGUACUUUGACGAUUUCUUCGAUCAAGACACGGCGCGAGAGGUUCUCACCUGUGUCAUCAAAGAACAUGGCGUACUGCCCGCCGCCGCAAAGUCUGACUUGUACACCGAGCUUGGCAUCACCUCGAAGCACCCGACAGGUCUAAGGAGUACCGAAUACCAGCCCAAGGAGCUUUUGAUGCAAUCUCAGAUUGACGAUUGGCAGGCUGCAUACAACAAAACGCGCGACGGCGGUGUCAAGGUCCGUAGCAAAUACGACCAAGUCAACGAGGCUGGUUUCGAAGAUGAUGGAUUUGAGGACGCAGACAAUGACCAUGCUCGCAAACCAGUCGCUUUGUCCUCAUCAAGCAAGGAAACGACUGCCCGGAUUGAAGCACGAACGCUUCCAAGCCACGCAGCUUCUCCUGCGAAAUCGCCGGUUCUGGCUACCUCAAUAGACGCAGAUGAAGACAGUGUGACGGAAAGCGAAGACGAGAAUGAGCCUCGAGCGAAAGUCACCGUGCGGCCGAAAGAAGUCGCCGCGACCGACGGCAGCGCAAAGCGUUCUGCGGACAACAAUGGCAGAUCUGCACCAACAGCAGCGCCCCCGGCCAAGAAAGCCAAGGGCGCUAGCACUCGCAAGGCUGUCUUUUGA